CUUCUGCUUGACAGCGAUGUUUAAAUAUGGCUGCCUACACAACAGUUUUUCUCAUCUUGAUUUUUUAUAUUGCUGUCUGCAAGUCUCAAUUUGAGCUGGAUGAAAGAUUUUUAGAGUACCGUAAACAUGGCAUGUGGCUUGUUGAGUUUUAUGCACCUUGGUGUGGCCACUGUAAAAAGCUGGAACCAGUUUACAGGGAAGUUGCUAAAGAGCUUACACAGACAAACAGUGAAGUUAAAGUUGGAAAACUGGACUGCACUAGAUAUUCUCAAAUAGCAUCUGAAUUUUCAGUAAAAGGUUUCCCAACUAUUAUGUUCAUCCAUGGAGAAAGAGUGUUCACACAUAGAGGAGACAGAACUAAAGAGGACAUCUUAGAAUUUGUUUUACGAGCUCAGGGACCAACUGUUCGUAAACUAAGCAGUGUUGGAAAGUUUAAUGAAGCUUUAAGUCAACACAGCGGCUCAGUCUUUUUCCUCUAUAUUGGUGAUGAUGACGAACAUGAGGAUCUUUACAAAAAGUAUGUACAUGCAGCAGAUGUUUAUGCUAUUCACUCCUACUUUUUUUAUGGAAAGAAGCAUAUUUUAGAAAAUGUUAAUUUAAAAAAGCACCCAACAUUGGUAGUUUUCAAAGACAGCAGACACUAUGAAUUUGACCCACCUGAUGGGAUAGCAACUGCAGCUUCUAUUCAACAAUGGAUUAAUCGUGAGCGGUAUCCGGCCUUCCCAAAAAUGUCUGGACCUGGGCUGAAUGAGAUGGCCAGUGUGGCCAGGUUUCUGGUCAUCUUAGCAACAGAACAAGAGGACUUAAAUAACCCCAGCUCUAGCUCCUCAAGGUUGUACAGCAUAAUGAAAGAGUUGGCCUUUGGACAGAAGGACAAGUUCCACAGCAGGUUUCAGUUCUUGUUUAUGCUGGAAACCGAGACGGUCAACAGUAUCGCCAUGUCUUUCUUGCCCGUGCCAGUCCUGAUGGUCAUGGACACCACUGACCAUAUGUACUACAUGACCCCGGCUGUUGAAAACCUGACUAUCGCCACAAUGGGAGAUUUUCUAAUCAGGGUAGCUGAGGGUAGAGAACAGGCAUAUGGUGGGACUGGCUUUUUGAUGAGUUUAAGGAGAGUUGUGUUUGACAUCGCAUCACUGAUUGUGAGUAUCUGGCAAGCCUCCCGCUGGCUGUUCCUGCUGAUGUUUGGCCUGCCCACCCUGAUCAUCUCAUUCAUCUGCUACAGUCUGUGCUGUAUGGAGGCUAUUGAUGACCUGCCUGAUGAGGAUGAGGAUGGUGAAGAGAGAGACCAGCUUUACGAUGCACCUCCUCCCCCUUUAACCUCAGGACCUGACACCCAGCCUCCCCCUUAUGAAGCUAUAGACUGCCCACCCAAAACUGAAGAGGAGAAAAAGAAAGAAUAAAUCCAUGGAUGAAAAGUGUGAUCAGAAUAGAUGAUGCUUUGAUUCUCUCCCAGAACUUGACGCUAUGGACUACAAGGCUUUUUUUCUAUUGUAGAAUUGUUAGGUACCAUAGUCUUACAAAUAGUCAAAAAUUAAAUCUUUUUUCAUUGAGUAAAUUUCAUAGUGCCAUUUCAAAAUCCUAUCUUGUACUUUGUUGGACAGAAAUAUUACUAUUCUUCUGUAAAUGCUGUUAUUAAAAAUAUAGGCCCUAUUUCUAUUUUAACCACAGUGUAAUGAUCAGCUUUAUGAAUGAAAAAUGUAUAAUUUUACUCCCAUUAUAUUCCACAGUGUAAUGAUUAGCUUAAUGAAUGACAAAUGUUAAUUUUACCUGGGACAAAGAUUUACUCAUGUAUAAGUCAUUUUAAGAAAUGUGCAAUGCAUUUAAAUUAUGAUGCCAGCUCAACUACUGGCAUAAUAUGCAUCUGUGUUCAUUCCAUUAUUUUUAGUGUUCAUAUUAAUUGUAUAAAUCUAGACGUUUAAAAUCUGUUUCCUCUUACUUUUUGUUUAAUUUUUAUCAUAUAAAUGUAUAGAAUAAAACUUCCCAUAUAUAACGGAGAAACUCAUUUUUAUCAAUUAUGCAGUAUAAAAAAAGUACCAAAAAAAACUGCACUGGUCCUAAAAUUAGAAUGCUCAUGUUUUUUUAUAUCUAUUCAAUGAUUCCUUAUUUAUAAGCCAAAGAAAACUUGCCUCUAAAAUAUUUGACUGAAAUAUUUGUUCAAAUUCUGCAUUUGAUAUGAUAUCUUCUUGUGAUGUAUGAACCUACAUAUCCAACACUUUGUUUACAGGACUGUGAUAGCUUCUGUAGUUAACACAGGGAAUCCUGCAACAAAAUAACUCUGAGAAUCCUAUCAAUAGAUAUUUAUUACAACAAAGAAACAAAAUAGUAUAACAUGGGAAAACUUUUAUACUUUUGGUAACAAGAAUGUGUGCAGUUGAAACAUUUUUGCUAUCAAAUGACGAUAAGAUUGAGAGGGUAAAUGAUUAAAUUAUUGAAUUCUAGUGAUGCGUACACGUCAGGUAUCAAGUGAGAUAUAAUAUAUGGAUAUUAAAUGAAAUAUUAAAAUUGUAAUAUCGAAUUAUCUUCUUGCAAAUUCAAAUAAUAAAUAUUUUAUUUUAACUUAUAUUAUAAUUAAGAAGAAAAGCAGAAAGCAUAAAUAUAGUUUUGAAAUGCAUUUAUAAUCUAAUUUAGAGUUAAUUUUUAUUUUUCAAGUUAUGUUCUUAAGCUAUUCAAAAGAGAACAUCUACAUAUUUCAUGUGUAUUAUUGUUUACAAACUUUGAUUGGUCUGUUAAACGUGUCUGUUUUUCAUGCAACCUUGUCCACUGUCCUCACCUGGUAAACUGCAAUAUUUUCAUGUACAAGUGUGUCACAUAUCCAUAGUUUUUCUUUACUCUGUAAGAUGUUUCACUUCAUUGGAGCAACUUUUAAUCUAUUUGAUGCAAAUUAAGGACAGCUGGAAGCAGGUUAAAUAUUUUACAACCACUCAUAUUUUUCUGGUAACUGAACUUUGGUAAAAUUGGCAUUUCUUUUCCGUUGCAUGAAAAUUAAGCAAUAUUUGAAGAAAAAACACAAUAAACAUGUUUUUAAAAAUACUUUUGAGAUUUAACUGUAAUGCUAUUUAAAAGUAACUAAAAAUAAUUGUAAAGCAUGUUAUGGCUACAAAUAUGAACCAUUUUCUAUUUAAAAAGAAAAAAUGCUGAUUUAUGAGUAUAUAGACAUUACUAUUGUUGUUUCCAAAAUUUUCAAAGCAAUGAACAACUGUUUAGAAAUAUAUGGAAAUUUGAUGAUGCUCUACUCAUUUACUUUAUUUUAUAUUUAGGCAAGCAAAUUUGUAAUCAAUCUAUCAUUAUCUUUGACAGUGACAAAUUCAAAUAGUCAUCCAAUAUUACAUAUGUUUCAAAAAUGUUUAAUGUUUUGCCAGAUUUAGUUCAUUGUGAUUACUUUCUAACUCAAUUAAUUGUUACAUGUAAGUGGCCUUCAUUGCUUUAGAAAUAAUGUGUUAUCUAAUAGAAUAGCACAUAGAACAAGAUUGUUGGAAACUAUGAUACAUCUUUUUAAAAGACUGUUCCAUAUUCACAUCUUAACGCACCUUUUUAAUGUAACAGCGCAUAUAUAAAAAUAAAAUU